UUUUAUUUUUCGUUUCUUUACCUUCUCUUCUUACACAAGUUUUUUUUUCUUUGAUUUGUUGAUCAGCCACUUUGGUCUCCAUCUUUGUCUUAAAUGGGCACUUGAGAUCACAGAGAUAGAAGCUAAAAGAGAGAAGAUUUCAAGGGGGAAAAAGAGUUGGUAAAGAUUGGAUUUUUAAAGGGAAAUUUAGAGAGGGGGUUUUUUUUUGUGAAAAGUGUGAAAGUGAACAUGUUUUUGGAGUAAUUGUUGAAGAAUUGUGUUAAAGUUUGGGUUUUUAGUUCUGGGUUUUGUUUGAUUUGUUUGAAUUUUGAUUAUGGGUGGGUGUUUUCCUUGUUUUGAAUCAUCAAAGAAGGGGGGGAGUAAUGGUGGGGGCACUGUGAAAGAACUGAGCAAGAAAGAUUCAACUAAAGAUGGCUCAGUUGGACUGUCUCAUCAUGUUAAUAGAGCUAAUUCGGACAAAUCAAAAUCUCGGGGUGCUUCUGAUUCUAAGAAGGAACCUACCGUACCUAAGGAUGGACCAACAGCAAAUAUUGCAGCACAAACAUUUACCUUUCGAGAGCUUGCCGCUGCCACAAAAUACUUUAGGCCAGAGUGUCUAUUGGGAGAAGGGGGUUUUGGACGUGUUUACAAGGGCCACUUGGAGAGUACAGGACAAGUAGUUGCUGUCAAACGGCUUGAUAGAAACGGCCUUCAGGGAAAUAGAGAAUUUCUUGUUGAAGUUCUCAUGCUUAGCCUCUUACACCACUCAAAUCUUGUCAACUUGAUUGGUUAUUGUGCUGAUGGGGACCAGCGCCUCCUUGUCUAUGAGUUUAUGCCUUUAGGGUCAUUGGAGGAUCACUUACAUGAUUUUCCACCAGACAAGGAACCUCUGGACUGGAAUACGAGAAUGAAGAUUGCAGCUGGUGCAGCCAAGGGAUUGGAAUACUUGCAUGAUAAAGCUAACCCUCCUGUUAUAUACAGGGACUUAAAAUCAUCCAACAUCCUUCUUGACGAAGGCUAUCACCCUAAAUUAUCAGAUUUCGGGCUUGCAAAACUGGGACCAGUUGGUGACAAAACCCAUGUGUCCACACGUGUGAUGGGCACUUAUGGUUAUUGUGCUCCAGAAUAUGCAAUGACUGGCCAGCUUACUCUAAAAUCUGAUGUUUAUAGUUUUGGAGUGGUCUUCCUUGAGCUUAUCACAGGACGCAAGGCCAUUGAUAAUGCGCGUCCUCCUGGAGAGCAUAAUCUUGUUGCAUGGGCGCGACCACUUUUCAAAGAUCGUAGGAAGUUUCCGAAAAUGGCUGACCCACUACUACAAGGUCGUUAUCCAAUGCGGGGAUUGUACCAAGCUCUUGCAGUUGCAGCAAUGUGUUUGCAGGAACAAGCUGCUACAAGGCCUCUAAUAGGCGAUGUUGUGACAGCCCUUACAUAUUUAGCCUCACAAGCCUAUGACCCAAAUGCACCCAGCAGUCAAAGCAACAGAGUUGGUCCAUCAACUCCAAGACUCAAGGAUGAUCGAAGGAGUAUGGCAGAUGGGUUGGAUAGCCCGGAUGAGCAUGGACAACAUGGUUCCCCUUCUACCCAUAGAAAUUCACCUGAUUACAGGAAGAGGAAUCAUGCUAGGGAAUUGAGCACAGGUGCAGAGUUAGGUAGGAAUGAAACUGGUGGGAGGUCAGGGAGGAAAUGGGGUUUGGAUGAUUCAGAUCGACAGGAAUCUCAUAGAGACAGCCCUCUUAAUGCUGUGAGAGCAAGGGAAACUCUACGUAAUCAUGAUCUUGAUAGAGAACGUGCUGUUGCAGCAGCUAAAGUAUGGGGUGAGAAUUGGAGGGAGAAAAAAUAUGCAAACGCUUUGGGUAGCUUUGAUGGUACAAAUGAUUGAUGCUGCCAAAACACUAAUUGAUGUCAUUUUGCUCUUUCAAGUGAAGACAUGUUUUGUAUCAUUUUAAGGGUAGUCAAUGGAAAAGAAGAAAACUUUGAAGAUACACCAUCCUUUACUGUCUGUCUCCAUUUCUACCCUGGAAAUAAGAAGUUCAUGCAUUUUUCCAACUUGGACUGUUGUUGCUUGUCCUAUAAUCAUUCUUGUAGUUGAGUAUGAAACUGAAUGCUCCAAUCAGGUGGUUGAAGGAAGAAACACAGUUAAAGAAGGGAUCAAGAGUGGUUGAAUGAUUUGGGGUAUUCACAGGUAAAUUCCGCCACCAAAAAGUGUUGCAUGCAACAUGUUAAUCUAUGUAUUUAGGCUUUCUUUUUUUUUUUAAUUUUGUGAGAUUCAUGUUGGGAAGAUGAAUUUUUGCCUCGUAUAUUGUCUUGUACAUGGGGAAACUUGGUGGGUUUUGUGUGGAUGUCUCAUUGGUGUUGGUGUUACGUCUUUUGAAGUCGUACAGUUCAUAUGCAUGGAUUUCUGAAUCGGUCUGUUUUCGGCUUAUACAAAGAGGUUUCAUCAUAUUAUUUUUCAUGUAUGAUGAUGAUUAUCAUCAUCAUAUUGUUCUGUGUAAUUACUUCUUUCCUAUCUUAAUCUAUUUCUCUUCUAACGAACUGAUUGGCUUGGCCCCUGGAUGAUUCGAGUUCCAUUGGACUUUUGGCACCCAAUCCUGAAAGUGUUGGUAUUUCUUGAAUUUAAGGUGUUUGACUACACUGGAACAUUGAUUAGGAUUGUUCAACGUAUCGAAUUGUAUCCAUAUUAAAAGACAGUAUUACCUCAGUCGAGUUAGAUCGUGUUGUUGCAGACUACAAUAUUACUAAAGGUUCCAGUCAUUUGCAUAUUUCUGAUAUCCUUUUUCUGUCUCCAUUUGGUACAAGAAACCUUCAAUUAAUCUUUGGUUUUGGCUCGGCAACGAAUUUCUACCUCCUUUUUGUUUUGACAAUGGAAAGGCAAAAUGUAGACUUACAUGUUGCGAACAAAUUAAAGAAAUUAUAAACACCUACAUUUUUCGAAUGCCACUCAAGUUUCCAUUUUAAUUGAAU